AUGAUCCACGCUCUCCAGGUCGACAUGAAGCAAAGUAUUCAAAAAUUGCUGUUCAAGGCACAAAUGGCGGACAACUUACGAUUCGCCUACUUCGACGACCUUGGCUCUGAUUUGGUCAAGCUUCCAAACUCUCCUGCUGUAUUCGGCCAGCGCGUUUGCUUUACUUUCUUCCAGCAUGCAUUGACCUUACCUGAUCAAUGUGUGGGUCAUAAAGCAUCAGACUGCAAAGACCGCAAGGAGGACCACGUCCAAGACAGCCACAGAGACGUCGGAGCAUACGACAUAGAUGGCCGUAAGGUCACAACCUCAUCGGUGGUAGAGAGAGCGCAUUUGAUCCCAUUCAGCCAACCAUGUCGGCUUGACUGGUCGACUGCUGUGCAGAAUACCCUUCCUGAGGACAUGCGGUCGCAUGACAUGAUUGAGAAGGUUUUGUUUGGGUGUUACGAUCGAAGCGGGAGCUACAUACCAGGCAUUGCGGAAAGCUCGAUCAACUUCAUCUAUCUCUAUUCACAACGCGAGCACUUGGACAACAAAGCAGCUCUGAUGUUGAUUCCGUUUCUAUCUCCUGAGCAGCAAUUCGAUUGGAACGGUGAAGGGUAUGACGCGAUCCUAAUCUGUGCACAUCAGAGAGUCUAUCAUGAAAUUUAUUUCGAGCUUGAUACUGGACCAGUCCGGGCAAUCAACUCAGAGCACAAUCAUCACGCGUCACAGGUUGACGAGGAGUCUCUCCUCCAGGAGAUCUACAAGCCAAUGAGGGAGAAAUAUUUGAUUCCCAGCGUGUAUCAAGAUGACAGGCAAAAGCUUCAUCAGGCUCUAGAGUACAUCGAGACCCUGUUGAAAGAUAUUUGCGUGGUCAAGUGCGAAGAAAGCUUAGCAAAGCUACAGCAGGACGCCAAUAUCUGGACCGAUGUCUUGAAACGUGACAAUCUAGACAAGGUUGCGGCGUGUGAUGAUCUGAGGGAGAAGUUGAGAACAGAGAGGAUGGUGAAGGUUUUCAAGGGUCUCAAGUCUGAACCUGUACCCGGCAAGCUUGCAUGUUUUCGCGUGAUCAAAUUCAAAGCCAACGGUCCUGAAGAGGAGCCUCAGCCAGCACACACGGCCCCGCAUCCUCUUCUUCUCUCCCUUCGCUCGAUGAACUCAAUCACCAAUCAUUUCUACGGAGACUUGCCAAAUGGGAAAUCCAGCAUGCUUCUUCUCACAUCCUGUUAA